AUGAAAAAAUUAGGAAUAAUAUCUACUUUAAAAAUUUAACAUUUUGUACAUAUAUGUGAACAAAGUAACGAUGUAAAAUGAAAAGACCACGUGGACAUUAUUAUAUAAUGAUCACUUCACAAGUUAAUCAUUUACUUGUAUAAUUGUAUUAUACCUUCAAAUCUAUAUUGUCAUAGUCUGCUAGCGAAACCUAACCUUAUCUCAUGUACUCUGAAAUUUUACUAUCUGAAUUAGGAAAAGCUUUUGUUUUGAAGACAGUUUUCCACUAGAAGAAUAGAUGAAGAUGUGUGACAGAAAAUUACUAGAUAUAAUAUAUAUAGAAAAUUGAUGUAAUUACGUCAUGAAAUCUGUUUCAUGCAAUAUUGUUAAAGUGUUCACAUAACCUUGAAAUUCAUUGACAUCCUUUUCGGCGGGAAUCUCGAAACAUUUAUGUUUUCAUUUGAUUGUCCAUAAAAAUGUCUCAAAAUAUUUUGAAAAGCAGCUUAGAAAAUGCUUCCUUCAAUAUUAUAUUUCAGAUAUUGUGCAGAGGAGUUACUUUUGUUUUAAAUGCUUUUGUUGUUCGUCAUGUGGGUCAAGCUGUCUUAGGAGUCAUAAAUGUGAGGCUAUUAUUAUUGGAAUCAAUGAUCUUAUUUCUAUCUCGAGAACCAUUCAUGAAAGCAUGUUUAACUAAUACAGUAGAGCACAAUUGGGCUCAAGUUGUAAAUUUAUUAUGGAUGACGGUUCCUAUAUGUUUUUUAAUGUCUUUGAUGUUUGGCUAUAUUUGGCUUUCUGUUUUAUCAACUUCUGAAACAUUACCAUCAUAUUAUACAUUUGCAGUUUGGGCAGUUGCUUUAUCUUGUAUUAUUGAAUUAUCAUCUUUAAUUGUUCAACUGGUUGCUAGUGCAUUUUUAUUUGUUAGGUUGAAAAUUAUACUAGAUACUAUCAUGAUUGCUAUUCGUACUGUAACAUUUGUUCCAUUGAUACUUCAUAAUCCAGAAAAUGCAUUGUUAGCAUUUGGUAUAGCUCAAUUAGUUGCAGCAGUAUUUUAUACUACUAGUCAUUAUUUAUAUUUUCAUUAUUAUAUUAAAAAAAUUAAUAAGUGUAAGUUAAAGAGAAAAAUGUCAUUGAAAGAUAGUAGUGAUGAAUAUGUUGUGAGAGAAUUUCCAUUUAAAACACUAAAGGAUUUUUUGCCUGGACAAUUGGAAAAUAAAGAAUCAUAUCUAGAUAAAAAAUUGACUAUUCUUACAUGGAGUUUCUUUAGACAAGGAUUUCUAAAACAAGUUUUAACAGAAGGGGAAAGAUUAAUUAUGACGGUAAUGCCAGUGUUAACCUUUACUGAACAGGGAACAUACGAAAUUAUAAAUAAUUUAGGUUCUUUAGCUGCAAGAUUUAUUUUCCGUCCAAUAGAAGAAAGUGGUUAUUUUUAUUUUACCCAAAUGGUAAAACGAGACAAACCAGUUAAUGAUCAAAAUCCUAUUAAAAUACAAGAAAGUGUAAAUGUGCUUACACAUUUGUGUUCAGCUGUUAUGUCAAUUGGUUUAGUUGUUUUGGUAUUUGGACAAUCAUAUUCAAGUACAUUAUUAUGGUUAUAUGGUGGUGCUAAAUUAACUUCACAUCUACCAGUACUUUUAAUGCGAGCACAUUGUUUAGCUAUAUUACUUUUGGGAAUAAAUGGAGUAACAGAAUGUUACACUAAUGCAACAGCUGAUAGUACAACUAUAAACAAGAGUAAUUUGAUUAUGAUUUACGAAUCAAUUGCAUUUUUAUGUGCAUCCUAUUUGUUUGCUAUUUGGUUUGGACCAGUUGGUUUUAUCCUUGGAAAUUGUGUAAACAUGAGCUUAAGAAUUCUACAUUCUAUUAUUUUUAUCAAUAAAAGAUAUAAAGAUACAAUUUACCGUCCAUUACGUGGAUUAGUACCAAAGCCUAUGUUUUCUGCUUCUCUUCUCAUAGCAGCAUUGACCACUAAUGUGUCUCAUGCUUAUUUUUUCCCAAAUGAGAAGAUAUUGCACUUAAUUAUUGGGAUGAUAAUGUUUAUGAUAGUACUUGUAUCUUGGAUAUAUGAGCAUCAUGAUUUAAUUAGACUUGGUACAAACAAAUGGUAUGAAAGAAAAAAUAUAUAUAAAAAAAAUGAUUGA